GAUAGAUGUCGCUUUGCUCAACUAACAAAGAAACAAACCAACCAACCAUUUGGAUAUUUGGAUAAAUAGAUAGAGAGAUUAAUUUGUAUUAUUAUCACUAUUAUUCAUCAUCAUAAUAAUAAUAACCGUCUGAAGGAAGGAAUCCUCUGAUCGAUGAUUCAUUUUUCAUUCAUUCAUAAUAAUCAGAAGAGGGUUUGAGGGAGGCUGAUUAUAAUUCAUUCGUUCAUACAUAAUAAUAAUAAUAAUAACAAUAAUCAGAGGCUGCUUUUGAUUGAUUUUCGCCAAUCAAUUAAUUAAUUUCAAACCCAGCCCCAUCCAAUCCAAGGCCAGCUACCAAAACUUGUAUCCAACUAGUGUUUGUUGUAAUAAACAAAAACCUACAAUUGUUGCCGGAUGAUGAGGAGAUAUCAUGUCAUAUCAUCAACAGGAAGAUAAUGAGUAUGUGGUGGAUGAAUAUGACAUGGAGGAUGUAGAUUAUGAUGACAUGGAUGAUGAUGAUGAUGAUGAGUAUCAUGGCUCUGACUCUGACGCGGAUCACUACGAUUACAUGAAUUAUAAAUUGCAAGACACUUCUGCUGCUCAGGCAAGAAGAGGCAAAGACGUGCAAGGUAUUCCAUGGGAAAGGCUGAGCAUAACUAGGGAGAAAUAUAGACAAACUAGAUUACAACAGUACAAAAACUAUGAAAAUAUUCCUCACUCUGGGGAGGCUUCACAAAAGGCAUGCAAAUUCACUGACAAAACGGGCAUGUAUUAUGACUUUAGACGCAACAUAAGAUCUGUAAAAUCCACAAUUCAGCACUUUCAGUUAAGAAACCUAGUAUGGGCUACAUCAAAGCAUGAUGUCUACUUCAUGUCACAUUACUCUGUCAUCCAUAUGUCUUCACUAGCAAGCAAAAAGACUGAUGUCCUUAACGUAUCUGGACACGUAGCACCAUGUGAGAACCACCCUGGGAGUCUAUUGGAAGGAUUUACUUGUAUUCAAGUUAGCACAAUGGCAGUAAAAGAUAAUCUGCUUGUUGCCGGUGGAUUUCAGGGAGAACUUAUAUGCAAGUACUUAGAUAGACCCGGUGUUUCUUUCUGUUUGAGGACAACAUAUGAUGAUAAUGCUAUUACUAAUGCUAUUGACAUCUACACAACUCCAAGUGGAGCAGUGCAUUUUAAUGCAUCAAACAAUGAUUGUGGAGUCAGAGAGUUCGACAUGGAAAAUUUUCGUAUGAUCAAACACUUCCGUUUUCCUUGGCCUGUGAACCAUACCUCCAUUAGCCCUGAUGGCAAGCUUCUUAUAAUCGUAGGAGACAACCCAGAUGGAAUGUUGGUGGACACCACAUCUGGAAAGACAGUUGCAGCCUUGAAAGGACACUUGGAUUUCUCAUUUGCAUCAGCAUGGCACCCUGGUGGUCAAAAUUUUACUACUGGGAACCAGGACAAAACAUGCAGAGUAUGGGAUGUGAGAAACCUGUCAAAAUCAGCAACUUGUUUAGAAGGAAACCUAGGAGCAAUUAGAUCAAUCCGAUACUCGUCUGAUGGUCAGUUCAUGGCGAUGGCUGAAGCAGCCGACUUUGUUCAUGUUUUUGAUGUUAAAAGUGGUUAUGAAAAAGAACAAGAAAUCGAUUUCUUUGGUGAGAUUUCUGGAAUGUCUUUUAGUCCUGAUACGGAGUCACUAUUCAUUGGAGUUUGGGAUCGAUCAUAUGGCAGCCUAUUGGAGUUGGGACGGAGACACAAUUACUCUUAUUUGGAUUCCAUACUUUGAUAGUUUUUCAUGAUAUAAAAAGUGAGUAAUCAUGUACAAAUGUUGUUCUUUUCUUUUUGGUCAUGAAACAUGUGUAGAGUGAAGAGAUGUAGAGAAAAGCUAGGAUAGCAAAGAAACUGGCCAGUGUUUUAAGAUAAAAGCAGGAAAAGCUUUUACGAAGUCUUGGUUGUAAGUUAUAUAUACAUCACCAGACUAGUAAUAAAGUUAUCAACUCCCAUUUUUAUGCA